AUGGCGCUAUUGACCGGCAUCGACUCCUUCUCCUUCUGCCCCUCCUCCCUACUUGGCGCCUCCAACAGACUCGGCAAGUCGCACUGUCCGCGGACGUUCUCGAGAAACCCUGUGCUGAGGGAGAGCAAGAGCUCUAAAGGGAAGAUCCUUAUCACUCCCGCCGACCUCUCGCAGGCGUUCGAGCAAAUGGACGCAGAUGGGUCGGGCAGCUUGUCUGCAGAGGAGGUGAUGUCAGUGCUCAAGGCGAUGGGAUAUGCGGAGCAGGAGAGGAGGUGUAUCUUCGAGAACAUCGACGCUGACAAGGACGGGGCGGUCAGCAAGGUCGAGUUCCUUCGGGCAUGCGAGUCGGAGACGAUCUGCGCGAUCGUGGACGAGGACUCGAAGGAUGGCGGGUGGAAGGAGGAGUUGAAGGAGCAGGACGCGACGCCCGAGGAUGAGCUGAGCGUCAAGAACUUCUACAAGUCGCUCAUCCAGUACAUGCGGAAGAGGCCGGAAGAGGUGGAGGGCAAGACCGCUCGGAGAGCCGGGAGGGUAGGGGAUGGGAAGGUGAAGGAGCUCAAGUCGGCGGAGGAGUUCGAGAAGGUGAUGGAGGAGGCGGGCGACUUUCCUGUGGUUGUCAAAUUCUUCGCCUCCUGGUGCCGAAAGUGCCUCGCACUCAAGGCGAAGUAUUCCGGCAUCGCUAAAGGCUACGGCGAGCGAGCAAUCUUUGUCAAGAUCGACAUUGAAACCAAGGGCGCGUCAGAUCUGGUGAAGAAGAGGGCUGGGGUUGUAGCUAUCCCAACCUUCCAGGUCUGGAAGGGAGGUCAGCCAAUAGACAAGUAUGUCGCUGGCUCUGUUAUCGCACAGAUCCCUGGAGAUCUUGCAAAGAUGAUCGACAAGCACAUCGACGGAGACUUCUCGCUCGUCAAAGCCAUAGAGCAGGAGCCCGUCGUUGAGGAGCCUCCCAAGCAAGAGAAAGAACAGAUCCAGCUUGGAAAGGCUGAGGUCAAUCAGGACGCAAUGGCUGCAUGGCGAGCGGCGCAAGCGGCCAAGACCUCAUUCUCAAGGAACCCUUUCAAGAAUUGA